AGCUGAACGGACAGGGGCGCGCGGGAGGUGCGCAGAGCUCUCCUGCUGCCCGCGCUCACCGCGCCUGGGGAAUUGGGCUGUGGGCGAGGCGGCUCGGGCUGGCCUUUAUCGCUCGCCCCGCUGGUCGUUUGAAACUUUAUCAGCGAGUCUCGCCACUCGCCGCAGACGCGGGCGGGGGGCGGGGGCGCGGCGAGGCGCCGGCUGCCGUGACGAGGCGCUCCCGGCGCUGAGCGCUUCUGCUCCGGGCACGCAUGGCGCCCGCACACGGAGUCUGACCUGAUGCGGACGCAAGGGGGUUAAUAUGAACGCCCCUCUCGGUGGAAUCUGGCUCUGGCUCCCUCUGCUCUUGACCUGGCUCACCCCUGAGGUCAGCUCUUCAUGGUGGUACAUGAGAGCUACAGGCGGGGCCUCCAGGGUGAUGUGUGACAAUGUGCCAGGUCUGGUGAGCCGCCAGCGGCAGCUGUGCCACCGACACCCAGACGUGAUGCGUGCCAUUGGCCUGGGCGUGGCCGAGUGGACAGCAGAGUGCCAACACCAGUUCCGCCAGCACCGCUGGAACUGCAACACCCUGGACAGGGAUCACAGCCUCUUCGGCAGGGUCCUGCUCCGAAGUAGUCGGGAAUCUGCCUUUGUUUACGCCAUCUCCUCAGCUGGAGUUGUAUUUGCCAUCACCAGGGCCUGUAGCCAAGGAGAAUUAAGAUCCUGUUCCUGUGAUCCAAAGAAGAAGGGGACCGCCAAGGACAGCAAGGGCACUUUCGAUUGGGGUGGCUGCAGUGAUAACAUUGACUAUGGGAUCAAAUUUGCCCGAGCGUUUGUGGAUGCCAAGGAAAGGAAAGGAAAGGAUGCCAGAGCCCUGAUGAAUCUUCACAACAACAGAGCCGGCAGGAAGGCUGUAAAGCGGUUCUUGAAACAAGAGUGCAAGUGUCAUGGAGUGAGCGGCUCGUGCACUCUGAGGACGUGCUGGCUGGCCAUGGCCGACUUCAGAAAAACGGGCGAUUAUCUCUGGAGGAAGUACAAUGGGGCCAUCCAGGUUGUCAUGAACCAGGAUGGCACUGGUUUCACUGUGGCUAACAAGAAGUUUAAGAAGCCAACAAAAAAUGACCUUGUGUAUUUUGAGAAUUCUCCAGACUACUGUAUCAGGGACCGGGAUGCAGGCUCCCUGGGUACAGCAGGCCGCGUGUGCAACCUGACUUCCCGAGGCAUGGACAGCUGCGAAGUCAUGUGCUGCGGGAGAGGCUACGACACUUCCCGUGUCACCCGGAUGACCAAGUGUGAGUGUAAGUUCCAUUGGUGCUGUGCUGUGCGCUGUCAGGACUGCCUGGAGGCCCUGGAUGUGCACACGUGCAAGGCCCCCAAGAGUGCCGACUGGGCGUCUCCCACAUGACCCCAGCGAAGGUUGCCAUCCACCUCUCUGCCUGCAAGGACUCCGUUGGCUCUGCAAGGACUCUGGGUCUUUGGGUUUUCUCGGGGAGGUAUUCCUAAGGCAUGUGGCCUUUGUCUCAUCAGAAGCCCCUUCUCCCUCCCUGGGGGCCCCAGGACUGCGGCCACAUGCUGCACAUACAGCAUGCCCUGUUCUCUCUGACUUCCAGCAUCCUGGGGCACAUCUUCUCCUGGUCAUGACAGGCUGUUGGAAGGCAAGAGGGGUGGGCCCAGCUCACUGUCUCCACCCACCGAGAAGGUUUGCCUUUCUAGAGCAGUUGGCCAGAGGGGAAUAGUGUCUCAAAGGAGCUUUUUCUGUAUCUUCCAACAAAUGCUCACAGUUAAUAAAUUCCAUGCUUCUCUCUGGAGGGUAAAGUAAAGAAAGCAGGAUCAGCUGUCACUGAGUUAACUUUAAUUCUUGAAAAGACCAAGCAAGGCUUUUGCCUGAUCAAGUGAUUUUCACGGCCACCACCUUCAGGGGUAGUUGGUAAGUGCCUGGAGAAUGAUGGCUUUCAAUAAAUUUUAGGUUUAAAAUGCAUGUUUUUCAAGGCAUUUAUUGCCAUAUUGAAAUCUGAUGUGACCGGGUGGGACUGCUGUCCUUGGGCAAGUUUUGAAUCUUUGCAAUAGCAAAAGCCGCAGAAAGUGAUUCCUUUGCGAUACUGUCCCCUCCAUAUAAAGAAGCUUUAGGGAAUGAGGCUUUCUUCUCACUCAGGAUCUGAAGGGAUUUAAAAAGAAGAUUGACAAUCUGGCAGCAUCCUGUAUCUACUGGGUGGAGAUGGAGGAAAAUACCUUAGUGAGUGGAAGACAAGAAAAUGUGUCUGUGCAGAUAAGGAAAACAAGGGGGAAUAACAUUCCUAUGUGGU